AUGAUUCCCGAAGGCGUCGAGUACCAAUCUGUUUCAGACAUCCUAGACUUGGUCAAAAGUGCGGGCUUCAACAUGCUCAGGAUGCCUUUCGCGAUCGAAAUGGUGGACCAGAUCUACGAGCGGGACGGCUCUGACGUUGGCCUGAAAGAAGCUCUCAUCAACGGAAUGGGUGUUGAGAACGGCACCCGCGUCGCCGAUAUGAUGGUUUCCAAGAACCCUUCAUGGUCAUUGGACACGACGAGAUUCGAGAUCUGGUCUGACAUUGCAGAAAUUGCGCAACAGAAAGGGAUUUUGAUUCACCCAGAUAACCAUGUCAGCAAAGCAAUGUGGUGUUGUAGCAACAUCGACGGCAACGCUUGGUUCGACAGCUUUAAUUUCCCUGUCGACAAAUGGCUUCGAGGUCUAGCUUAUGUUGCUCGCUGGGCUGGCAAGCAUCCCAACGUUGCGAGUAUGUCUCUCCGGAACGAGCUUAGGCCUAGUUACAACAUCACCGAGCUGGCUGAUGCACCACUCCAGUACAACUGGCAGACAUACGUCGGCAACAUGACGGCGGGUGCCUAUGCUAUUCACGAGGCGAACCCGGACAUCCUCAUCAGCUGGUCUGGAAUGCAAUUUGAUGAGGAUUUAUCAGGCCUCAUUAAUCAGAAGAAUCUGAUGACCCACGACUGCUAUCACUGCGACACAAUCAAGAACGGUUGGGUUUCUGACCCUGUCUAUUUUGACCUGGACGAACAUCCUUUCAAGGACAAGGUCUUCUGGGAGCUUCACAUGUACGACGGACUUACUGAGACUGUGGCAACGGAGAACUGCAAGCUCACUGAGGCCGAGCUGUACUGGAGAGGAUUGAAUGCCUUGGGUAUUGAGUCCCCAGAAUACUGCGGUCUGCUGGAUGGGAAGUGUGAAUCUGCUAAGAGGAUCACGCCAGUGGUCAUUUCCGAGUUUGGAUGGGGGCAAGAUUCAAACAUGCUAAGCAACACAUUUGUCAGUUGCAUGACAAACAUGACGGUAAAGUACGGUGUCAACUGGAUGAUGUGGGCGUUCCCAGGCAUCUAUCGUGUACGAGAGGGUGGCCAGUUCGUAUUAGAUACGUGGUCCCUUACAAAUGAUGACUUCUCCGGUUGGCAGUACGAAGAAGGCAUGGAGAAACUAGUGAAUCUGUCUUUCUUCAAUGAUCUCAGCCCAAUCAUGGUCAACUCCACCGUAUAA